AUGGAGGCCCUGCAGAGACAGCAGGCAGCCCGACUGGCCCAGGGGGUGGGGCCUUUGGCCCCUCCACGCCCACCACCACCACCGCCGCGGCCUUCCUUUCCUGGAUCCCGGACCCUGCAGGCCCCUGACGGGGGCUUGGGGGAGGUUGGAGCUGAGGAAGAGGAGGAUGCCCAAGAGGAUGAGGAAGGAGAGGAAGCUGGCACAGAAGAGGAGGCAGCCGAGGAGAGCCACCCAGGGACCCGGGGCACCAGCUCACCUUCCAGCCAGCCCCCUGGACCUCAUCCCCAUGAGUGGACCUAUGAGGAGCAGUUCAAGCAGCUGUACGAGCUCGAUGCAGACCCCAAGAGGAAAGAAUUUCUGGAUGACCUGUUUAGCUUCAUGCAGAAGAGGGGGACGCCAGUGAACCGUGUGCCCAUCAUGGCGAAGCAGGUGCUGGACCUGUACGCGCUGUUUCGCCUGGUGACGGCCAAGGGCGGUCUGGUGGAAGUCAUCAACCGCAAGGUGUGGCGGGAGGUAACGCGCGGCCUCAGCUUGCCCACCACCAUCACGUCGGCCGCCUUCACUCUACGCACCCAGUACAUGAAGUAUCUGUACCCGUACGAGUGCGAGACGCGGGCGCUCAGCUCCCCGGGGGAGCUCCAGGCCGCCAUCGACAGCAACCGGCGGGAAGGCCGUCGUCAAGCUUACACCAACGCCCCACUCUUCGGCUUGGCGGGGCAGUCCCCUUGGGGCACUCUUGGCCCCGCCUCGGGUUCCGGGCCCGCCCCUCCCGCGCCCACGCCCGGCCCCCGCACUGCUCGGGGCUCCGCCUCCGGCCUGCCGGCGCACGCCUGCGCGCAGCUGAGCCCGAGCCCCAUUAAGAAAGAGGAGAGCAGAAUUCCAACCCCUCGACUGGCACUGCCUGUGGGCCUAGCCUUUGGACCUGCACGUGAGAAGGUGGCACCAGAGGAGCCCCCAGAGAAGAGGGCUGUGCUGAUGGGGCCCAUGGACCCACCUCGACACGGCGCACCCCCCAGUUUCCUGCCCCGUGGCAAGGUUCCCUUGAGGGAAGAGCAGUUGGAUGGGCCUCUCAAUCUGGCAGGCAGUGGUAUCAGCAGUAUCAACAUGGCCCUAGAGAUCAACGGGGUGGUCUACACUGGCGUCCUGUUUGCCCGUUGCCAGCCCGUGCCAGCUUCCCAGGGCCCAGCCAACCCUGCACCCCCACCCCUGAUGGGGCCCCCUUCCAGCGCCUCACCCUGA